UGUUCACAGAACAUUCUGAGCACAUAGGGGGGCCCACUAAUCUGGGCUAAUAAGUAACUGGAGUUAUGCAACUUUUCAUAUAACAUUUGAAGCAAAUACAUUUUUCCCCAGUUUUCGAGAGACAGAAAGGACAUUUGAUUGAAAGGAGAGAUUUCUGAAAAAUCUGCAUUUAACAAUGUAUCUUCAAAAUAUUCUGCUGUGCUUGAUUGCGUCCCUUGUCUUAUCAACAUGCAAUCGGGUCUAUGUUCAUCCGUUCAACCUAUUUGCGUACAACAAAAGUGAAUGUGAACAUAUACAAACACAAAAUGACACAAUUGAAAAAACAUUCCUGCCAAUAUCUAUUGAAACAGAGAUCACAUCUGAAGAAAGAAUCUGGAAAGUCAAAACGUACCCGGGAAAACAUCGUUUUGGUUACCUUGAAAGCUUUCUGACUUUACUUAUUAAUGAUUUGGGUCUUCGAGCCUUUGAGGCUUUGAAAGGAAUACAUACAAGUAACACUAUCCUUCUACCCUCAACAAAUUUUUAUUGGUCAAUGGUAUCCUUUUAUCUUGGUGCUUCUGGAGAAACUGCUAUCAGUUUGCAGAAACUUCUAGGGUUUGAACAUCCAUCUGGAAGCACAAGCUGCACUUCUCAAGUAAAUGGUUUAAAAAUAAUGUCAAAAUUGAAAACCAUUGACAGUGCGCUCUUUUCUAAAAAUGGCAGCAUUUCAGUGUGGAGAACAGUCUGCAUUUUUGUCUCUCCAGGGGUCCCUUUGUCUGAAAACUUUAUUCAUGACUUGGGACCAUCUGCUGAUCAUUUGUAUACAAGAGCUGUAAACUUCACAAAUUCAGCAAUAGCAGUACAUUUAAUCAAUGAGUUUUUGGAUACUCAACUACCCAAAAAAAUGAAAUCUGGACUGACAUCAUUUGAUGAAGCAUCUAAUGUUAUGUACAUUAGCCAUGUUUAUUACAAAGGUAAAGUGACUAAGUCUUUCUUAAUUCCGGAGUUUCAGCCAUUUUGGAUUAAGCCAAACAGGCAAAUCUCAGUCCCCAUGAUUUCAGCAUCAGGAAUAUUUCAGUUCAAAGAUGACAGUAUUAAAAAUCAAUUGGUUCUAAAGAUUUAUCUUGGUGAAAAUGAUUUCCUGUUGCUUAUCCUACCAACUAAUGGAAAUACCAUUGAGAACAUAGAAUCUUCCAUCACAAGCUAUAACUGGCAAACUUUAAACUGGCUAAAUGGUUUAUCAAACAGAUACCUCCAUUUAACCAUACCAAAGCUUGAAAUAGAAUGUUCAUAUGAUGCCAAAGACCUUCUUACUUAUAUGAAUCUGUCCAGCCUGCUGCAAAAGACUGCACAUUUUGGCAAAAUGAGUAAUGAACAAAUAAACAUUGGAAAGAUACUUAACAUAGUGCAUUUUGAACUGGAGGACAGUGGUGAAAAUGAAGCCAAUUAUAUGUCAGAGAAAAAUAAAGGCCAGGAGCCUCUAGAAGUAAAUUUCAACAAACCCUUCAUUUUUGUCUUUUUUGAAGGGACCACAAAGGCAUUGAUACUACUUGGAAGAAUUGUAAAUCCACUUAACAUCAAUUAAUAUCUGUUAUGUAUGAGUUAAAAGACACAUUUGAUAACCA